UAGUAGCGGAGCAGCUCCAGAUGCUGCCGGGGCUAACUCACCAAAACACACGUUUAAAAAAGACACACCCACAAGAAAAAGAAAGGAAAAAGGGGGGGAAAGGCAACAUGGAGAUGCUGUGUUUCCGGUUACCGGGCCACGGCGACACAACCCUGAAGCACAUGAACACGCUGAGGUGCCGCCAGCACUUCUGCGACGUCACCAUCGUGGCCAGCAACAACCAGACCUUCAGGGGCCAUAAGGUGGUACUGGCAGCCUGCUCGCCCUUCCUGAGAGACCAGUUCCUCCUCAACCCUUCCCCCAAGCUUCAUGUAUCAAUGCUGUACAGCUCCACGGUGGUGUGUGACCUGCUGCAGUCCUGCUACACUGGCGUGCUGCAGUUCAAGCCGGAGGAGAUCGUCAACUACCUGACCGCCGCCAGCUACCUGCAGAUGGAGCACAUUGUGGAGCGCUGCAGAGGAGCGCUAAAAAAAUACGUGCAGCUAAAGAGCCCCACUCCCCCAAAGGAAGACGUCGAGCCUCGGCCGCUGAUUAUCGAUGGCAGCAUUCACCCAGUCGCGUCGGCAGCGUCUCCCGCCGGCCGACCUUCCCCCGUGCACCAACACAGUCCCGUGGUGCGCUCGGUGGAAGAGAACAACGACAACAUGUCCGCCCAGGGCAGCGGUCAGCACCACAGUGACAGUCCUCUGCUGGAUGAGCCGUGUAUUAAGGUUCCUGGAUCAGACGAGGAGUUAGAGGUCAGACAGGACGAAUUUGGCAUGUUCAGGGUGUACAUCUCUGAAGAGGAGCAGAUGAACAGAGACAGGGGGGAGGAGGAGACGGGAGCCCCCUCUGACGAGCCUCAAGACCUUUGCUACCAAAAACCCGAAGGCGUCAUGAUGGGAGGAGAGGGCGGCGAGUACGACCUGAACCCGAUGGAUGGAGACCUCGGCGCCGGCGGCUUCUUGAGGGAGGAACUUUUAGUUGAGGGACUGCGCGCUUUCAGACGCCGGCUCCCCGAUGCUAAAAUCGGCUGGGGCAGAGGGAGAGGCAGGGGGAGGGGGUUCAAGAGGAGAAGGUGGUCGUCUCAGGAGAAAAGACCUCCGGGCGUAGCUCACCAGGAUUUGUGGUAUCUUGCGACCGCAGGUGUGGCAGGAGGUUUUGGGCUGGACUACACCCAAGAAGGGCUUAAGACAGGAAGUUUAUUGUCAGUCGACUUCCCGCGGCUGGAUUUAGGUGCGGACGACGCUCAGGGAGAAGAGGUCUCCCCAAUGGCCGCCAACAGUUUGAGCCAGUUCGCCCUUGAGGAUUCUGGCUGCGGCGCUGGCGAGGGGAGCUCCGCGUUGACGAACGAAGGCGGAGACGAGUCCGUGGCGGUGGUGGGGUCAACGUCGAGCGUGUCCGGGCCCGUCAUCUGCGAGGACUGCGGCAUCACGUUCCCAUCGGCGCACACCCUCGCCAUCCACUCCCGAACCGCUCACAUGCUGUACGCGUGCCCCUGCUGCGGCAAACACUUCCACCACUCCGCCAACCUCACCCGGCACAUGGCGGUGCACCGGGGCGCCGGCAAGACCCACCAGUGCCCGCUGUGCUACAAGACGUUCACCCAGAAGUCCACGCUGAUAGACCACAUGAACCUGCACAGCGGCGAGCGCCCGCACCGCUGCGCCUACUGCCACGCCCGCUUCGCCCACAAGCCCGCCUUGCGACGCCACCUGAAGGAGCAGCACGGCAAAACCACGGGGCAGAACUCCCUACACGAGCAGGAGGAGAGGGAGCGGGCGGCCGGGAGGAUACGAGAGGAGGAGCAGGAAUGUCCCAUCACUGAGCAAGUGUCGUAAGCCAAAGCAUUGAAGAUGACGACAAGGUAUCUUUAACGCCUGGAAACCCGGCUCACCGCACGAGCUCGGGUCGGUGCAGGAAGUGACUAAGAGGCCUUUUAAAAAUAUCAAGACU